AUGGCGCUGGCGGUGCUGCGCCUGCUGGAGCCGUUCCCGGCCGGGGCCCCUCCGCUGGCCGUGCUGCUGCCCGCCGGACCCGACCCCCGGGACCCCCGCCGGGCCCCCGGGCUGGUGCUGGCGCUGCGGCCGGAGGCGGGGCCGCCGGGCCCGGCCCUGCUGGUGCCCGCGCUGGAGGUCCCCCCCUCCUCGGUGCCCCCGGGCGAGCUGCUGGUGAGCCGGGCGCUGCUGCGGCUGCUGGCGCGGGGCCCGGGGGCGAGGGUCAGGGCGCGCCCGCUAAGGAACCCGCCCGCCCUGGGCUGGGCGCUGCUGGCCGGCGGGGGGGCGCCGCCGGGGGCACCGGGGGCACCGGGGGCACCAAUCCUGGGCCGCCGCGGGGAGGCCCUGCCCGGCCCCGGCCCCGGCCCCGGUCCGCGGCUGCUGGACACGCGUCCCGCGCUGCAGGGGCUGCUGGGCCCGGACACCAGGCUGGCCGUGGCCGAGCCGCGCUGCCCGGGCCCCCCGCGGGCCCCUCCGCGGGCCCCGCAACGCCGCCCCCCGCCGGUGCCGGUGCCCCCGCGGGCCUCGUCGUUCGUGGGUCGGUCCGGCCGCACCGUGCGGGCCCGGGGCGGGGGAGGGCCCGGCCCGGAGCUGGGGCUCAGCCGGCGCCGCCUCCGGGCCCUGGGCCUGUUCGGGGGCGAGUGGGUGUGGGUGGGCCCCGGGGCCCCCGGGAUCGGCCCGCGCCUGGCCCCCGUGCGCGCCCUGGAGCCGCCCUGGCCCUUCCCGGCCGCCCGGGCCCCCGAACGGCCCGCCCUGCUCCCCCCCGCCCUCGCCUUCAACCUGGCCCGCGACCCCCUGGACCCGGGGGACCUCACCCUCCAGAGAUAUUCCGAAGGGCUUGGCUGCCCCGAAGGGACGGGAAGCUGCUCGGUGCUGUCCGGGCCUCCGUUCGCCAAGGAGCUGCACCUGGACAUCGUUGCCUCGCCUCACUACAGCCCCGACGGCACCUACGAUCGAACCCUGCACCACUACUUUGAGACUCCCAGGGUGGUUCAGGAAGGGGACAUCCUGUGUGUGCCAACAUUCGGGCAGAUGGAGAUCCUGGAGGGAAGCACAGAGAAGCUGCCCAGGUGGCCCGAGCUGUACUUCAAGGUGAAGUCGACCGUGGGCGAGGCGGUCGGCCCACCCGGGCCCGCGUAUCUGGCAGACACCACGCACACCUCCCUCUACCUGGGGGGUGCCACCCUGAGCCUGGUGCCCUGGGUCCCUCCCCGAGGAGCCCCCGCCCUGUGGAGCAGCCUGACCCCGCCGGGGUUGGAGGCGCUGGUGAAGCAGCUCUGCGACACGCUCAGCCCUCGGCUCCGACCUGGGGGCGACCUGCUGGUGGGGCCGGGUGCCAUCCUCGUGAAGGGCCCUCCGGGCAGCGGGAAGACCACCGCCGUCACGGCAGCCUGCGGCCGCCUCGGCCUCCACCUGCUGAAGGUGGACGGCUCAGCGCUGUGCGCGGACACCAGCGCGGCCCAGGAGAGCCGCCUCCACGCCACCUUCGCCCGGGCCCGGCGCUGCCGCCCGCUCGUGCUGCUCCUGCGGGCCGUGGAGCUCCUGGGGCGGGAGCGGGACGGGGCAGGCGAGGAUGCCCGGGUGCUGGCCACGCUGCGCCGUCUCCUUCUGGAGAGCGACCCCACCAGCAGCCCCCUCCCGCUGCUGGUCGUGGCCACCACCUGCCGGGCCCAGGAAGUCCCCGCGGAUGUGCUCUCGGCCUUUCCCCACGAAGUGGAGGUGCCCGUGCUGACGGAGGAGCAGCGGCUGAGCGUCCUGCAGGCGCUCACUGCCUCGCUACCCCUGGGCCGGGAAGUGAGCCUGGCACAGCUGGCACGGAAGAGCGCCGGAUUUGUGGUGGGUGAUCUGUGUACCCUCCUGGCCCACAGCAGCCGGGCAGCCUGCGCCAGGAUCCGGAGCACCAGCCCUGAAGAUGAACUGUCUGAGGAAGACGAGGCUGAGCUGUGUGCCGCUGGUUUCCCCCUGCUAGCUGAGGACUUCAGGGCCGCGCUGGACCAGCUGCAGGAGGCCCAGAGCCAGGCCAUCGGGGCUCCCAAGAUCCCGGCGGUGUCUUGGCAGGAUGUCGGGGGCCUCCAGGAGGUGAAAAAGGAGAUCCUGGAGACCAUCCAGAUCCCCCUGGAUCACCCAGAGCUAUUGGCCUCGGGGCUGCGGCGCUCGGGGCUGCUGCUCUACGGGCCCCCGGGCACCGGCAAAACCCUGCUGGCCAAGGCCGUGGCCACCGAGUGCAGCUUGAACUUUCUCAGUGUCAAGGGCCCGGAGCUCAUCAACAUGUAUGUGGGGCAGAGUGAGGAGAACGUGCGGGAAGUGUUCGCCCGGGCCCGGGCCGCCGCCCCCUGCAUCAUCUUCUUCGACGAGCUGGAUUCCCUAGCCCCCAGCCGGGGCCGCAGCGGUGAUUCUGGCGGGGUGAUGGACAGGGUGGUCUCCCAGCUCCUCGCCGAGCUGGACGGGCUUCACCGCAGCCAAGACGUGUUCGUCGUCGGAGCCACCAAUCGGCCCGACCUCCUGGACCCCGCCCUGCUGAGGCCCGGCAGGUUUGACAAGCUGCUGUUUGUGGGAGUGAAUGAAGACCGGGGCUCCCAGCUGCGGGUUCUGAGCGCCAUCACUCGCAAGUUCAAGCUGGAGCCCUCCGUGUGCCUGGCCAGCGUUCUGGACCGCUGCCCGGCCCAACUGACCGGCGCCGACCUGUACGCCCUGUGUUCGGACGCGAUGACAGCCGCCCUGCGGCGCAGGGUGCGCGACGUGGAGAAGGGGCUGCCGGCGGAAGGCCCGGCGCUCCUCCUCACCAUGGCCGACCUGCUUCAGGCUGCCGCUCAGCUGCAGCCGUCCGUGUCGGAGCAGGAGCUACAGCGCUACAGGCGCCUCCAGCGCAAGUUUGCCGCUUGCUAGGGGCUUUCAACGGGGCCGCAAGCCUGCCCCCGGACCCCGGGACGGCCUUCUCGCUGCCGCGGGAGCCGGUCGGUUCUCCCUUUUCCAGACACUCAGCGGGCAUCGGGUCCCGCCCGUCGCCCCGGAGCGUCGGCCAGGUGGGUGGCACCUCUUGGAGGCUUGUGGGAGAGCCCCUUCCCCCGCUAAAUCCAUCCUUGUGGACUUCCUUCCAGGGUUCCUCUGGGCUGGGGUCCACCUUGGGGGUGCAAUUGGGAGAAGGCAGAAGGGGCAUGCCCCUGGGGUCGAAAUAAGCCCCCACAGGCUUGGAAUGA